AUUUCUGCAGUAAAAAUGGCAGAAGCCAGAUUUUCUCAGGAUGAGUUCUUGUGUCCGGUGUGUCUGGAUCUCCUGAAGGAUCCAGUGACCAUCCAGUGUGGACACAGUUACUGUAUGAGCUGCAUUACAGACUGCUGGGAUGAAGAGGAUGAGAAGAGAGUCUACAGCUGCCCUCAGUGCAGACAGACCUUCAGUCCAAGACCUGCUUUAUUUAAGAACGUGGUGUUUGCUGAAAUGCUGGAGAAACUGAAGAACACUAAACUUCAAAGUGUGGUUCCUGCUGGAGCUGGAGAUGUUCAGUGUGACGUCUGUACUGGAAGAAAACACAGAGCCAUCAAGUCCUGUCUGCUGUGUCUGGACUCUUACUGUCAGAAUCACCUCGAACAACAUGAGAGUUUGUUUAAAGGAAAGAGACACAGUUUGAUUGAAGCCACUGGAGGACUGCAGGAGAUGAACUGCCAGAAACAUGAGAAGCUCCUUGAGGUUUUCUGUCGCACUGAUCAGAAGUGUAUAUGUGUGCUGUGUACGAUGGAUGAACAUAAAAACCACGACACUGUAUCAGCUGCAGCACAGAGGACAGAGAAACAGAAGCAGCUGAAGGAGACGCAGAAGACGCUCCAGCAGAGAAUCCAGCAGAGAGAGAAAGAUCUUCAGCAGCUGAGAGAGACUGUGGAGUCUCAUAAGCGCUCUGCACAGACAGCAGUGGAGGACAGUGAGAGGAUCUUUACUGAGCUCAUCCGCUCCAUUGAGAGAAGCCGCUCUGAGCUGACACGACUGAUCAGAGAUCAGGAAAAGACUGCAGUGAGUCGAGCUGAAGAACGACUGGAGCGACUGGAGCAGGAGAUCAAUGAUCUGAGGAGGAGAGACGCUGAGCUGGAGCAGCUUUCACACACACAGGAUCACAUCCAGUUCCUGCAGAGUUUCCAGUCUCUCUCAGCACCUCCUGAAUCUACAGACGUAAAUGAUGAUCUCUUCAGUUCUUCUCGUCUCUUCUGAUGCUCUGAGAGAAUCUGUCCAUCAGCUGAGAGACAAACUGGAGGAUUUCUGCAAAGAGAGGAGCUCAAGAAGAUCUCAGACAGAGUCACACUCACCAACAUUGUUUCCAGGAACGACUUCCUACAAU